AUGGAUUGGAUGAAAAACAAUGUUGAACCCGUCGUCCCCGGGACCUGUAUUUGUGGAAUUGUAGUCGGAAACGAGGUUCUAGGCGGUGGCGAUCAGGAACUCUGGGAGGUCCUGCUACCGUCGGUGAAAAACAUCCACACUGAUCUCGACCUCCUCCACCUAGCCGACGAUGUUGAGGUUUCAAGCCCACAUUCCGCUGGAAUAGAAGACGCGAAAACGAAAUUACAUUAUGAUAACAUGUUCGAAGCACAAAUCGAUGCCACUUACACUGCUUUGGAAAAAGCUGGAUUUGAGAAGAUGGAGGUUAUAGUAUUGGAAACCGGAUGGGCUUCAAAUGGUUAA